GAGGGGUCGGCAAAGAUGGAGUAAAAGAUGGCGGCCUUUCCGGUGUGGGUUGGUGGAUUGUCUGUAGAUGUAAAAGAACAUAUACUUCAUAACUUCUUUCACAAAUUUGGACCUAUAAAAAAUAUAGUUAUACUUAAAGAUGCCUCAGGCAAAUCGAAACAGUGUGGUUUUGUUAAUUUUAUGUCCCAAGAAGCCGCCGAAACUGCAGCAAAGGAAAUGGACGGAUGCAAGGUUUUAGGACGGGCAAUAAAGACGAAAGGACCUCGAGAACUUUUAGCUACAGGGAAAAGUACAACCUUCGUGCCCAUAAAAGCUGAAGAUUCCGAGAAAAGGGACUGUAAAGCGCUUGUAGAUUGUGUUUUUUACAUGGAAAAACGCGAGUGCUGUCCGAAGACCAGUGAGGUUAGUUAACCAGUGAUGUUUUAAAAAAAGUUUAGUGAAGCUUAUCAUUUGAGCAGUUGAGUUGCAAAAAGCAGCACUCGCGUUUACUUUUAGUACUUGUUCAUGCAUUGUCAUAUUCCUUUUUUGUCCCAUUUAUAUUGUAGAAGAGUUUCAUUUUCGUAGAAGGGUGUUGCAGGUAUGACAAUUCUGGAAAUGUUGUAUUUUUGUCCUUAGUGUCCUUUCCGGCACUGCUUCGCGGCUAGGCAAACUGAUGUUGUGUGUGAAAAAUGGAUUCAGAAGGAGUGUACGGAUGUGUUUUGCCCUCAAAGACAUCCUAAACUCUUCAAACAACAGCCAGGUAUUUGGAACCACUCUUUUUCUGUAAUCUGCAAUGACAAAAAGUUCUUCGCCCAGACAAAUUUUAAGGUCGUGUCAUCACCAAAUGUACCGUUGCAUUACCAUUGCAAUAGAAUUGUGGUCGUUUUGUCGGAAAGUCUGUUCGCCAGAAGUUAUUCCGUCCCUGCUGUAAGUCGAUUCACCUGAUGACACACGGCAUUCUACAUCAUGGCUUAUCAGGGAUGUUUUUAGUUUAGGUUGGAUUCUAUUGCUGCGGUUGCUCAAAAGGAUUAUCGAUCUCAAUAAUCACAUUUGAGGUACUGAAACUGACUGUACAUAAAAGCUCAAGCCUACUUGUACCUCAGUGAUCGCAACAAUCGCUGUCGAUCUUUGUGUUUUUUUGUGUGAAGUUUUCACUGGAAAAAGUUGUUGAUCCAUAUGUGCAGGCACUGUUAUUCUCGCUUAUUCAUUUCUUUAGGCUAAAGAACAACAAAUAAACAUCGGCUGAAGCGACUUACGUCUGGGUGAAACAACUUCGGGUGAAUCAUCUUUCAGGCAAAAUGACCUGUUACAUGUACCUUGCAAUACACCUUAAUUUGUACACUGCAACCUGCGGAUUGCUAUCAGGUGUAAUACGCAGAUAGCUAAAGUUGCAAAAAGCUGUGUGUGAAAUGUUAUUGUCUUUCUUUAAGCUAUGUUAAGAUUAUACACAGGUGUGCAUGAUUUGUGGGUAGAUAAAAAUUAUGGUAGAGUUGCAUGCAUGUGAUGUACCAUUAAAUUUUCUGGAUUCAUUACUGAUUUUUCUUCAUAUUAUGUAGCAGAUAAUGUCACUAAAGUGAUUCCUGCAAGAUGUCCAUCUCACAAUGCCUUCAAGUGUACUGGUGAAUGUGGAUUUGAUGGAUGUAAUACUCACUUUAUGGAACAAGAUGCUUUGCAGGAGCAUAUCAACAGAGGGAGAGAGAAAAAAAUUUCCCUCACAUCAUCUUGUGCACAGGUAUUACGAACACAAUGCUUGUUUUUUGUAUUAUUAUUAUUCCAUUUUAUUUUAAUUUACAAAAUGUAUUCAUCUCCAAACAGCAUUUAUCAGUUCGAUCACUUCUCUCUUUUCAUAUUUACAGGUGUGUUUUUUCCUAAAGUAAACUAACCUAGAAGAAGAACUACUUAGAUUUUUUUUUUAAAUCAACCAAACCAGAAAUACAAUGUAGAAGUACUUUCAGUUCACUGUGGUAUUUACACAUACAUAUAACACCUUGUUUUGAAUAGGAAUUUUGUUUCCUCUGCAUAUUUUUUGAUAUACCUUUGACAAAGUAUUGAUGUAUUCUUGUUCGCACACACACACAGUAAAAUAAUUGACUAAGUCCUAAGAAUAAUAAUGCAUUGUUCAAUUUAAUUUAGAAGGAACUGAAAUAAAAACAGCAUUAAAGUGGAAUGAUAGCAAAUCAAUCACUUAUUUACUGAUACAAGGUACAUGUAGAGAAUGCAUCAGUGAAUGAUCCAUCAAACUUUACUGGAAAUAGUUCCAAGCAACCGUAAAUGGUCUUGAUUCUCUCAUUUCAGUGUAAAGCCAUAUUCUUCAGUGAACAGGAAAGACUGCAGCAUACGUGUCUGAGCUCUCCAACAGAAUCCUUGCCAGCCAGUCAUGGUGGACUUUUUUCUGUUCCCCUCAACUUUUUUCAAUCAUCAACAGCAAGUAAGAAUGGCACAGUAUUGCUCACAAGUGCUUCUCCUCAGAAUCUCAUCAGACCUCAGUAUUUUCAUGGCAUGAAUCCAGGUAUAUCCACUGUGAAUCAUCUCUCACAGUGUGCUAGUGGGUUAUGCGACUGUUCUAGGAAUCAAACAGAAAGCACCGGAAGAAGCAGGACUGGCUCUUUUUGUGUUUGCUCAUCUUGUGGGAAAAGCUAUGAAAACUCUGGAGAUUCGUUGAGUGGGUUUGAUCUCUCUGUUGAUUCUGCUGCCAUGGGAGGCCAUAGGUGUCCUAAUUCUCCUUCAGUCAGGGGACGUGUUAAUGACUUAGAAGGUAUGUCAGUUCCACUCUGCCCUCAUCCCCCAAGUGUAGCUUCUACAUGUAAGGACGUGUGACAAAUUUUGUCUUCAAUUUGUUAUUUACAAUGCAGAAAGAAAGCAUAAUCGUGGGCCAGAAUUUCCCUUCUUUACAAGAUUAAUGACAUUUUAAUGUAAAUCAUUUUCUCCAUAAAGUGGGAUCUCAUGUCAUCAAUCUCCUUUUCUUGGUAGCAAGCUAAGAAUUCUGGUGUUUUGUUGUUGUUUGUUUGCUUUUGUUUUUGAUGUUUUCUGUUUCCCAUACAAACCUAAUAAACCAAACAUUAUGCAACUUAUAAAGUGUAUAUGGUGCCCAAAUACCAACAGUAAGGAGGAGGUUUUUGUUCAUUGGUCGUUCCUCAUAGUUGAAUGCACAUUGUACUAUUUCAGUCUUGUGUUAUGAAGGCAACUGCCCCUUUCAGUGCCAUAAGGUUCUUGUUUUCUUGUAUGCAGCUUUAGGUAUCAUGACCUCAGUGACAGGUUCACCAUCCCAGGGCUCUGAACCUAUUGGAGUAUUCUGGGAUAUAGAAAACUGCCCUGUACCCCGUGGCAAGUCUGCCUCAGCUGUUGUCCAGAAAAUAAGGAAGGAGUUCUUUACUGGAAAGAGAGAGGUUGAAUUCAUGUGUGUCUGUGAUAUUAGCAAGGAGAAGAAAGAAGUCAUUGAAGAACUAAACAAAGCACAGGUGAGCCUCACUUAAUAAUUCCUGAAGGAGUGAAGGGUGUUGGGAAAAUGUGACAGUCAUCAAACUGUUGGCUUGUGUGUGCAUGAUUUUUUUUUGAUAUUGUACAAUUCAAUAUUGGCACUGGCCAGACUACAUGUACAGUCUUACUCUGUAGGCAAUUCUUUGUCAUCUGGUAGUGUAAUGACAGCUGGCUUACAGACCCAUGGUUUCUACAUUUGUAAGGUAUUAUAGAUUUUUUAACAACUGCAUACAUAUAGCAGAAUUUGAACAUUGGGUGCAGGGGGGCGAGGAGAGAUAGGGCAAGGAGCAGAAAGACAACUCCACCAACACACAUAUAUGGCAGAAAAACCUUUUGUGAGACAAGUGCUCAAGGCUGCAACUGUUUUGAUCACCAUGUUCAGGGGCUGUAAUACUAUUAUGAUGGCCCUUCAGUAGCUCCGCCAAUUUUUUUAGUUUUUGCUAUAGUUUUCAUUUAAUUUUUUCUUUUUUUUUUGCUUUUUUCUGUUGUUAUGGUACAAAAUGUACCAUCCUAACCUAAAGUACUUUCUCCUAGCUACUCUGAGCACAAUCUCUGGCUACUUUGAGAGGACACAAAAGGAAAGCAGAACCAAAAUUAAAAGAACUUCCUAGCUGCUAUAUUUCCCACCUACUAAAUUAUUGUAUAAUACCUGGAAACUAGAAAUCUUAGCAACAGCUUUGUAGUGUAUUUACCGUGUUAUUGCCUCUUUCACCCUGUUGUCCGGGUAUAAAGAAUUGAGAUGUCACAUGCUCCUUCGAAAUUUAAUGGAAUUGUAACAGUUUGGCAGCCAUUUUGCUUAGUAUUUGAAACCUGUCUUGUCAUAUUGCUCAACGAGACCUGUCACAACCAUGUCUGGCAAUAAUUAUUUUAUACUUUUAGGCCACCAAAAGGCAACUUUAAAAAAUGUUGAUGUUGCAACACUGGUGAGCAUGCACUGAAACUUCUGCUGCAGACUUUGUUGUAAACUUGCUUAAAUUGCAUUAUGUAACUGCAUGAAAAUCAUGGUUUUGAGGUUUACCGGAAAAAUUAGAAAGUACAAAUCACUUGCAAAAAAAGCACUUUUUUCGUAUAUGACUCCUUGUUUUUUAUCAUUGUGCAAUUGAAAAUUCUUACAUGGAUAAUCGUGCAAUAGAAACUAAGAAAUUUUUAUUAUUAUUAUUAAUUAUUAUUAUAAUUAAUAUUUGUGAUAAUAAUAUUUAUCAGAAUUUAUGAUUAACAUCAAUAUUGAUAAUCUUUUCCUCUGACAGAAUUACCAGCUGCUAGCUGUUUAAUGUAGUGAAAUAUUUUUAUUUCACUACAUCGUAUCUUCCAUUGUGGUUGGUUACACACAUGUAUGUUCCCCCACCAUUCUAUUUUGCUUUCAUUCAGACCUUAAUUUACUCUUUUGUACUUUUUUUGUAGGUAACUGUAGUUCAUAUAAAUGCCACUUCAAAGAAUGCUGCAGAUGAUAAAUUACGUCAAAGCUUGAGACGGUUUGCACAGUCCUACCCUCCACCAGCUACAGUCAUCCUGGUGUCUGGAGACAUAAACUUUGCUGCUGAACUGUCAGAUUUACGUCAUCGGCACAAUUUCGAAGUAAUUUGCCUUCACAAUGCCCAAGCCCAACCUGCUUUAUUAGCUUGUGCCCAAAAAGUGAAAAGAUUUGAUCAUUUCAUUGCUGAUUUGCCCAUUGUCUUUCCCCCAAAGGUGAGUUGUGUUUUCCUUACCUAAUAUUGUUCCCACUCUAUUAAUAACAUAAUUAUAAAGAAAAAACAACAUGAAAAUCAAUCACCUCUGUGAAGUUGGUUAUAAUAUCAGGUACUAACUGCCUUGAAUAUUUCUCCACUUCAUUUUAUACAUGUAGCUUAGAAGUUUUAUAAAUGACUUGGCGUGCUGUUUAUUCAGAUUUCCAAAUACUUUGAGUUUGGUUGUUAAAAUACUUUCACUGAUUGAAAUGUGACUGUGUUGUUCCUUAAACCCACUUCUCCUUGCCAGGAGCUACAGGUAGUGUCUUCCUUAAUUUUAUUUCCUUAUUUUGCACUGCACAUCACCUACAGUGCAUAGCAUCUGCAGUGUCGAAGGUGGCAGCGACUUUCACAUGUCACCUGAAUAAAUGAUCAAAGUGAGCUGUAGAACAUUAUUUCAUAGUAGCACUUAGGCUCGAGCUGUUAAGUGCAUAUCAUAUCAUCAUAUGGUAUAACAGUGACAUCUGCUUCUUAGCAUAAUAAAUAGUAACAGGAGUGAGUGGAGUCCAGUUCAGUCUGUAAUCAUACAGUGUACAAGUGAUUAUCAAAAUUGGAUGACCAUGCAGCAGGGGUCUGAUUUGUUUAAUCACAAGUAUGAUUGCAGACUAAAUUGGGCAACAAGAAGUUCUGUUACCAAUUAAUCAUAACUACAACAAAGAUUAUGAUAUUUUAUUUGCCUUUUUUUAAAAGUAAAUUAAAAGAUAUUCAGAGAGCAUUUUGCUAGAAGUGAAGAGCUAAAUCAUUCAAGUGUGUACAAUGGUGCAUACUGUCUGGAAAUUUAUUACUUAUGCAUGGCAUGUACUGUCCUAUAACACUGUCCCAUUAAUGGUGAAAUCAGACAGUUGAUACCCAAUUAGAUCUGAGAAUUUUGUUAUACAUGUAGGUAUAAUUACAAUAUUACUAUUUUUAAAAUUGUUGAUUCCUCCUUCAGAACCCAGAUGAAAGUGGCUUAUCAUCAGAGCUACUUGUUCUGAAUCUUCCCAUCGGAAAAGAUGUUACCCAAGUCAAAAACAGGCUGAAGAAGCUCUCUGACAACUGUGGAGGCAAAGUAGUCAGUAUCUCUGGAAGAACUUCAGUGUUAAGGUUCCCAAAUCCUGCUAGUGCUGCCAGGUAAACAUUUUCAUCAUGCUCUGCUUAAAAACUUAUCAAAUACAGUCAUGUAUUUGAAAUCAGUACUGUACAUGUACGUCUGUGUUUUCACUUAAAAUAAUAAUAUUAAGAUUGAUUCACAGUGACUUAGACGACACUUUUAUAUUUAAGUAAUGGUUUUCUAAUUUUGAGUAAAAACAUACACAUGCAAAGUAAUGUAUUGAUUUUGAUUGGUAUGUCUACUACUGUAGGUACAUGUAAAGGGUGGGGGAAAUGGUAGGAGGAAGAGCAGUAAAAAAAGAGGCACGAAAGUCACUUUAUUUAAUUCCUUAAGGCAACGUUUUAAAUUUUGCCUUAGAAAGCUGUAUUUUUGCAGCCACCAGGAAUAAAAGCUAGCAAUGUGCUCAACUUGUACAUUUUGCAGGGCAAGAAGAAGAAUGGACAAGGAGGAUGUCUUCGGCUCAACAAUCCAGGUUGUUUAUUCCACUACAAGUCAAGGUAGUCCACAAAAAGGCAAAAAAUCCCAGGCAGUAGAUAGCACUGAGAGCUCAAAAAUUUCACCAAAACCUUCACCUCUCCAGAAAGAUAGGGGAAGUUCUAAUGCAAUGUUGGAUGAUUUCAUUAUUGAUGAUGGUUCAACAAACAGGAAAAGUACAAAGCCUGAGGACAAAAUUAAUGCAAAACCUUCAGAUGACAGCCCUGAAUCCAGUGACAGCACAGAAGAAAACGGUCCCUCUCCUUCAUUAUCCACUGGCCCUCAGUUAAUUAGCCAUCAGACAAUGUUCAGUAAUGGAUCUGUAACUGGAAUAUGGCCACAUCCCAUUUACCAGAACUUUAUGAACCUUCCCACCCAGGGCCCAGGAUUUCCUGGUAUAACCCCUCUAGCACCUCCUGUGCUGGGUGCUCCACACCUUGCUGCUUCAUGGCUGGCUAGUCUACAUAAUUUCACUGUUUUGGAUCAGCAGCGAGGAGGAAUAGAUUUACUUGUCACAAACCUGGAUGAGACUGUCAGCAAAAAGGAGUUGAAGAAAAAACUGGCAUCAGUAUUUCGAGAACAUUGUAAGGUAUGGCGUGUGUUGUUAAUAACAGAUUUUUUGUUCAACUCUUUUUGUCCUUGGUAAGAUUUACCAAACCAAAGGGGUCACUACCAUGUUAAAUAACAGACUGUUUCUCUCAAAUAGCUUAUUUAUUCUAAUAGUCUUAAAAAAAGUCUGUAAUUUGGCAAUCGUUUCCUUUCAAGAGGUGAUUUCAAAGAAAACUUAAUUUCGUUUUUCUUUCAAGAGGAUUUGAUUUCAAAGCAAACACACAAAGAUUCUUAAUGUUAUUUCAGUAUUUGCUGACAGUGCUAUUCAGUUCAGUGGUCAAAUUAUAUUGCAGUGACUAAAUGCAGCACAAUAAUUAUUAUUUCAGUUUAAACUUGUUGAUGUUGUUGUUGUUUGAAGGGACUGCUUCUCUUUAGGGAGUCACUGCUGUUGUGCUUUUACCUUUUUUGAUAUUAUUAUAGUGAUGGAAAAAUUAAUGUUACUUUUGAGGAGCUGUGACCCUUCUGGUGAAGCAAUUGAAAUCUGUGGAACUAAAAUUAUGAUUUGUUGUUUAUGCUUCUCUCUAGGUUUAUUCUGUCAUACUUCACAGUGGGGAAGGCAUUCCUCUGAGGGCAUUUGUCAAAGUGCCAAAACUCUCUGAUGCUCACCUUGCCAUACUUAAAGUGCACCAGAAGAAAAUCUUCAACACUCAUGUAACUGUCAAUAUUGCUACUGAGAAAGAAAAGGAACUUUGUUUCUUACGCUGUGAAGUCACUUCCAUUCUCAAAGAAGCCCCUCUUCACUUUUUGCCAUUAAAUAAAUUCCUUAAUGACUACUAUGAGAAGUGUUCCCAUGCAUUUGACAUGAGUUCGAUUGGACUUAUUCAUGACCUAGUUGUGAUAAUGGGCAAGCCUGGCAAUCAGGCGAUAAGUCUGAUAACACGAGCUAUUGGCACUGUGAAAGUAUCCGUCAGACCUGAACAGUUUGCAAAUGAUGUUCAUGCUCUUCUGAAAUCCUCUGAAGGAGCGAUACCAUUGGUCAGCUUUGCAGCCACCUACUGGCUUCAGUUUGAUAAGAUGAUUGAGCUGAGUGAUAGUGGAGAUACCUUAGCUGAUGUCCUGUGUAAUGUUCCAAAUGUCAAGAUCACAGAUUCGUUGAUGGUGUCUUGGGCGAAACAAGCUAUCAGGAACGGUAUGCAAGCUGUACAAUAAGUACUGGGGAAACAAGCAAAUUCGGUUUUUGAAUCCCAAUAUGGUGCUUAAUAAUAGUGUUUUUUGUUUUGUUUUUGUUUGUUGUUUUUUCGUUUCUCAUUCUCACCAUAAAAUUAUUUUACAAUCCAUUUUUAUUCCCAGGGUUUGUACCACUCCUGAAAUUCUUGAAAAUCCCUGAAAUUUUCAAAUUCUCAUCCAAAACCCUAAAAAAGACCUUAAAGUCUCAAUUUUUUCCCUGUGUUUGAUUAAUGUGGAAAAAAGUCCUUGACAAUCCUGCAUUGUUUUUCAACAGGAGGUAAUGUUAGCAAACUUCUGGAAUUGAGUAAGGAAUUAGAAGAGUUGUUACUGAUUCAGGACGAGUUCAGACUACCCCUCUGCGCAGUUCUCUCUGAAUACCAGUCAUGGUUUGCCAAGAAAACUCCAUUUGAUCCUGUUAUUUAUGGAUUCACCUCUGUUGUGUCUCUUCUAGAAGCUUUACCAUCUGUAGUAGAGGUAUGUACCAGUAGAAACGAGCAUUUACUAAGUAGAAACAUGCUGAUCCCAAGCUACACUGAACAGGCAUCUGUGUUAGCCUUAAGGUUUCCGCCAGAGUUGUCUUAAAAUGUUAUUGAUAUUUUCAGGUAAGAAUGCAAGGUUCUGAGAGAUGGCUUUCCCUGUCCCAACGUAUGAAAAUCAAUGCCUUUGAGAAGAACCUGAAAAUACUACUUGAAAGUCAGCCUGAUAGACUAAUUGCCUUGGGAAACUUUGUGUCAACAUAUAUGAAGUUCUUCGGUCGAAAGUGCAAGAUUGCUACUUUUGGAUUCUCUAAGUUGACCGAUUUAAUUGAAGCUGUACCAGAUGUGGCCAAGGUAAGAGUAGAGUCUAAAUAUAAUUACUGUAAACUGCCGCGUAAAGCCCCCUCCCCCCCAUUUUUAAGCCCCACCCAGUUAUAGACCCAUCUACCUGUAUACAAAAACAUAACUCCGAUCAUAAGCCUCCCCCCACUCCCGUAUAAUUAUAGGCAUCCCUCUCCAAAUGUAUUGAUAUGAUUUACAUUUAUUAUGACGUUUAGAGACAUAAUUUUCAUCGGAAAUGCUUCAUGCCGUAGCCGUUGUUUCAAAGUGCUUUUUCUAUUCCGGUUAGAAGCCCCUCUGUUUCUAAGCCCUCCUAAAACUUUUUGCAAAGAUGUGUAAGCUCAGGGCUUAUAAGCAGCAGUUUAUGGUAUUUUAGUACUGGGAUGAAGCUGCCUGCAUCAAAAACAAAUGUCUUUAAGCGCUUAACUGCUGCCUCCGGCUUUGUUCCUUAUCUGAGGUAAGGUUUCGCCUUCUCCUUCACCAACCCCAUUCUCUGAACAAGACGUUGCAAACACACAGCUUCUGUUCUGUACAAAAGUGCACAAUGGGCUUGAUUUAACUUUGUCGACGUGUUUCUAAGGGUUCUACUAAAACAACUAGCUAAAGGAGCACAAGUCAAAAUAACUGUCUGAAACAGCUUUAGCUACAGAGGUGCAAAUGGUUGGAAUCAUUUACCAUCUCAAAUUAAGAACAUCCAUUCCUGUUGUGUUGUGUUGUCACGGUAGACGUGAAUUAUUUGUCAUAAAGGUUGUAUUAAUAUUUGAUAUUUUCUAAACGUAUCUUGCCACCCUUUGACAGAUUCAUGGAACCGGAGAUCAGCGAUUCAUCUCAUUAGUGGAAAAAGGUACCAUAAUUAUUUAAUCCUUGUCACCGACUUUAGAACUCACAACUCUUUGACUACCGCACGGCUGGCUGAGUGCUUAGAGCACCAGUCUGCUUUGUGAGAGGUCGGGCCUUGAAUCCAGGGGCCAGAUCAAUUCUCAGUGUCUUAAAAUAGCUGAAGAAACUUGUACUGUUUUUGCUUUAGAAAUGGAUAGACCCUCUCUUGGCCCGGAUGGCCGUGUAGGAAAAAAAGGAGAAAUUCGAGUUGCAAGGAUUAGCUCAGUCGGUUAGUGCGAGGCCUUCUGUCCGAGAAGUUACGAGUUCGAUUCUUAGCUGUUACCUCAAAUCCUUUUUUCGACGUCUUUCCUUGUCGUGAAGUUUUAAGUACCCGUAUAACGGAGCACUGAUAACGAAAGGGUGGUAAAACGAGCGCGCCGUCGGCCUCAGGUUUGUCACUGUAAUGUGUACUGUUACGAGUUACCGAAGUACGAUAAGGACCUUUAGCUUUAACGGUGGUCCUGUCCCCUUGCAAGGGACUUGUAAACGGUCUCCUUAAUUAGUAUUACAUGCAUAGUUCAUUAAAAUAGAGUCUUUGUUUUUGUUUUGUUUGCCCUGUAUUUCUUUUCGCUUAGGAAAGGGGGAUUUAACAUUUAUUGGAAGUGGGUGCUUUUUUCUUUUUAAGCGGGAGAACCUAUACUAUGGUACUUCUUCACUGAACCGACAUUUUUAUUUGUUCAAUUGAAUUUAACAGGCAAAAGUAGCAAGACAGAGAAGCGCACUGAAAAACAAAGCCUUGCUAAAGAACUGAAAGAGUUAUUGUCCAGCAUUGAAGGUCACCGGCUUCCUGUUGCCACUGUGCUUGCUCGAUACUACCAACACUUUGGUCGCUUACUGAAGAUCAGUGAUUAUGGUGCAAGGUGUAUUGAAGAGCUUGUUGAGGAUUUACCUUCAUUACAGGUACGGAUCUUUGUGGCAACAUAGACCCUAUUCGCUCGAAAUGCGCCAUCUUUUGCGGUAGGUACUGAAAGACAGUCAAGAUUAGACUUGUAAUCGUUUUGAAAACAGUGCAAGGUGCAUUGGAGACCUUGUUGAGGAUCUACCUUCAUCACAGCUAAGGAUCUUUGCUGCAACAUGGCUUAUGAUGUUUCAGUAAUCAACUAGACUGCGAACAGUCUCUCUUUUUUUUCAGAUUUAGUGAAAGCAGUGCACGCGCGCGGAAGGGGCAAAGCCGCGAGACGCGCGAAACGAGGGCGGCAGCGUGUCUCUCCCGUCUCGCGCCUUCAGUCACGCGCGUGGUCAUUUGCGUGUCUCGCGCGUUUUGCUCAACGGACUAAGAAAAUAAAAGAGGCUGCUCGCAGUCUAGUAAUCAACAUACGUGUACAUUUCGAAUGAAGCCACAGUUGGAAGAUUUCGAUCUUUUGAUUUGAAAGUAGAAUUUUGACUCCAAUAAUGCACUUUAUAUAAAGACUAGUGAAAAUCAUUCCUAAAUAAUAAGCGCAGCGCCCCAAUCAAAAGCAUAUCAACACUUUACUCGCGACAGUCUGCUUAACUUGAAAGUUUUGCGGCCAAACAUGUUGUGUUGUGUUGUGUUGUGUUGCUAGGACAACUUUUUUCGUCACGUGCCUAUGCUUCCAGGGUAGUGAACUUCAAGAAUAUUUGAAAAAGAUGUGUUUUCAGUCUUUGAAACAGGCGGCUUGGAAGAAAAAAUUCGAGUAUUUCUAAAAGGAGUCGAACCUGCUACCUUCUGGCCCCAGUUGUUUAAAAGCUGGAUAGCACUACAGGGCUCGAAAUAACGGCCGGUCAACGGACAAUGUCCGGACUGAUUGUGGAUUUGACCAGUCAAACUUUCGUCUUGCCGGUCAUGUUGACCGGUCAAAAUUCAAUCGUAUUGAAAAUGAAAUAAAUUUAAGGUUCCUGCUGUUCAGUUGUUUCAGUUGUUAUUUAUCGAGUCGCUGUGUAUUGCGGAACUUUGAUAUGUUUUCCUGCUGACAUGCAACUAGAGCCGUUGUUUACAAUUCGCGCAUCGAAACAGACAUCGGGAUUCGCCCACUUCCGGUCACAAAAUUACCAAAUAUUUCCACUUUUAUUAGUAAUUUUCAAGUUGUACAUUUGUCCCUGCGUAUAAAUUAAUUCCUUAAGCGGAAUAAAUAUUAUCAAAAGCAGUGUACUGCAAAGGGACUAUAAUUCAUAGCAACGUUACAAUAAUAAUUUCACUCUUCGCAAGUUUAUCGAUCUGUUAAUCGGCCGCGUGCGUAAUGUAAACAUGAAAGGUUGUACUACGUGCUGUGUACAGCUAAACAUUGUUCUCUGAGAUCGCGUAAACCUAUCUAAUCUUUACGGAGAUAUGAAAAGCAGUUACUCUAAGAUAACGGCAGCUAUGGAAAAAUUAUUAUAUUUUUGAGUAGACAUAUCUGAUAAACGGGCUACAAAUUCAACAGGAAUUAAACGCGCGAACUGAAUAAAUUGUCUGUUGAACAUUUUAAAGGUUCUGCUCAACUUACACAAUUUUCCCUUGCUGAACAUAAACUGUACCGAGCCGUAUCUUGGUCCGCUAUAUAGAAGCGAUAUCAUCGUUCAAAUUUUAAACUGUAAGAUCCCUGAAAGAAGUCUCCUCAAUGGAGCAGUAUAUAAAAGGUUUCAAAGGUUUCACGCCAGUGAAGAUGUGCGGCCUGUCACCUCUUGCAAGUUUUUACUUUGGUUUAUGGGCCCCUAAAAGAGUAAUUCAUCAUAUACAUUUGACCGGCCAGAAACGAUACGUGACCGAGCAAAAAUGAAUUUGGCCGGUCAUCGUGACCGGAGACUAUCCGAAAAUUAUUUCGAGCCCUGCACUAUCCCCUUGUGAAAUCACUAUCCAGAGGAAAAGUGUUAGGGAAACCAAUUGCGCUAUCCAGUGGAUAUAGAGGAUAUUACAUGGCCGCUUGGAGAUACGAAAUUUUGUAUUUCCAAGCGGCCAUGUAAUGUUCUAUUUAUUAUAUAAACACCAAUGAAAUACCAAACCAUUUCACUUUAAUAGUUUUUUGGCGUGAAAGGCAAGAUUUAUCAUGUAGCCAUAGCACCGGUGAUACUUUCACAUGUGAAGAUAACAUGUUAUUUUCAUAUGUGAAGAUAUCAAGUUUUCGCGCGAAAGCGCACCUGGUAUUUCAUUGGUGUUUAUGUAAUAAAGAGAUUUAUCUGAUGAAUAAUGCUAUCCACCUUUUGAACAACUGGUAACUGGUUACUUGUCAGACCAGAUGCUUUACCAGACUGCCAAUUAGCUAAUGGUAUCAUACAUGUGCUUGAAAGUAAGUCCAAUAACCUUUUGGGCGUGCCUUAUUUUCAGGUCACAGAGAUAUGUGGUGAAAAAUUUCUCGUGAUUCCUCCAAAAGUCACUCUGCAGUCUUUACGCAAAGAUGUGGUAGAACUGUUGGAAUUGCAGGAGGGCAAAUUUCUACUCAUUUCACGCCUUGCAGCCACUUUUCGUAAACAUCAUGGCCGUAAAUUUCCUCUUGGCCAAGCGAAGCUUGAGGACUUUAUUAAGAGUUUAGAGGGAAUUGCAAAGGUACAUGUAGUUAAUGAAUUUUGGCGCAUAUUUUCCCUAGUAAAAUCGAUUUUUGAGGCUUGAAACCUGUGUUAGGGAUAAGUAAACGAAGUUCCAAUUUUCCUUUCGUAAAUGUCGACGCCAGUUCAGUUUUAGAGACAUAGGGCGCUUUCCAUUUGUCAGAACUGGCCGGCCGGACCAUUGCUGGACCAGUCAGCAAAUGAAAUCUGCUUUUUCUAAAGAUUUUGGCUGAAAAACCAUUUCCUUCGUGCAUACUAUUUAGGAUUUGAUUGAUGUGGCUGAAUAAUUUUGAUUAAAAGUGAAAUUCUCAUUGCGACGGUAAUGGUUUGGCCGGUCAGUUCUGACAAAUGGAAAGCGCCCUUAGAGAGUAUUUUUAGUUUUUCAUUGAAAGUCUGAACUAUUAAAGAAGAGGACAUUUACCACCAAGAAUUAAGCUCGAGCCUUUGGCAUGUUGAUCAUCCAUAAAUGUAAAAAAAUUGCAAGGAUUUAACCCUACACAUGCAGUAAUCCAUAAUCGGUCUUGCCCUAGUCCUUUCCCUCUCUCUCAAGUGGACCAAGAUAUCGUUAUUGCUAAGGCCGUUUUAUCGGCAAUAUAUUAUCUUUUUUUCUUUAUUGUAACAUCUCCUGUGACUAAAUUAGGCUUGAUAGCUCUUGAUUACCAAAGUGAGCCGAGGAAAAAUUCAUUUCGCCCAUCUCUCUCUCUCCCAACGUGCAGAGAAACUGUUCAUGGUUCAUUUUUAUUGUUUGUCUGUGUGGCCAUUUUGUUUUCCUUUUCGUUUGUACUGUUUUUGUACUUUUGUUUCUUUGCUUAGUUUAUUUUUAAAUCUCACUCAGUCUAUAUCUUUUAGGUUAAGGGAUCCGGCAAUGAUAGAAUUCUUCUCCUACCCAUGUCUACUGCUAAAGGUAAGUUCUAGGAGAUCUCAUACGUUUCUGGGAAACUGCCCACCUACCCCUCCCCUAAGGCAACAUUAACACUUACUUCUCACUUAGGGCAAAAUGUUGACUUAGCGGGGGAGGGGGUGGGGAGUAGGUGGUCAGUUUCCCAGAAACGUAUAAUGAGCGAUCCGUUCCAGGCAGAACACUGACUUUAAAAGUCUGAUUUCAACUCCGGGAAAGUUGACUAUCAAAUCUCUUGGUAUUAAAAAGGUAACUUGUUGAAGCUGAAGGCCUACAGAAAAGUUAGUGAACAAGAGAAACUUGCCAUCUUGUUAUUCUAUCCCAUACUUACAAUUUAGAGAGAAAAACUGAAAUGAAUACGCCAUUUCCUUGGAUCUGCACUAUACUUGCUUCAAACGUUGGACGAGUCUAAACCUAAAAUUUGAGUGUUCGAAUGAAAACUACAUGUAGUUGCCAAAGUAACCGAAGUUGUCUUCCUUAUUCUUAGAAAAACGAACCCUUGAAUUACAGCCACUUGCGGAGAAGAUCACAACUCUGUUGAUGAAAUACCCAGGAUCCAGAGUUGCAAAAUUUGCUUUUCCUGAAAUCUUCUUACGGGAAUACCAUCACGUGCUGAAGCCCAAAGACUGGGGUUACUCCAACAUGGAUGCCCUCAUACGUGCUCUUGGAGAUGUCAUUGAGGUUAGAAAAAAUCUCUUUUCGCCUUUAUUUAUACUUAAGGGAUUGUGUCAUGGCAAGCUUCAUAUUUUUUUAUCACGGCUGAGCUGAAAUUAUAACUAAGACUUUAAUUUGGGUUUCACAUUUCUCUACUGAAACUGUUCUAAUACAGAUUCAAAGUCACUGAUGUUGAUUACUUUCGGUUGUUGUAAGGUUUUGUUGAAUUGUUUAUUUUUACAAAGUUUGACAUACAGCAAACGAGGUAUACACAAUUACGGUAAAGUAACGUUCACGAGCAAGGAAAAGAAAAAGAAUUAGCUGUAAAAAUGAGCCAUGAUGGGAAUGUUAUAGUAUCUGCGGAGCCUUGUUACUGUUUUCGUUUGGUGCAUUGUAUUUAAUGACCAAGGAACGAUCGUGAAACACAACCAAAUCAAUAACUGACUCCUACUGGAAUAAAGCAAUUCAGUUCCAUUGCUUUAGCGAACAGAGACAAACGCACGCGACUUUUGACUGGUUUAUCGAACUUAUUAGGCAAAGUGAACAGAUAUUAGCGAUGAAGCAGCGUGUAAAGAAAGUAGUGUCCGACAGGCCGGGGCUAGUGGAUUUUGUUAUCGGGCUAGUUAAUUCUGUGUUUAACUUGCCCGACGGGCAAGUGAUGUUUUUUUGAGGAAUUCGAAUAACAGAAGAACUGUGAAAUCAAUUCUGCUCGUCAAAAAGCUUUUGGGGCUAUCGGAAAUGACGUUUGGGCAUUUUCUUUGCACGCUGUGAAGUUUGACUUCGUUCGCUUUUCAACAUUCUGAUUAGUCAUUGGCAAAGGUGGGACUAUAGUCUUGUGUUGGACGGCAACAAGCAAACUUGUUUUUAUCCUUUAACUAUGUACUUGGGGAUGACACAAAACGCCAUACAUUUUUGUUAAGUUGGAAAAUCGCAUUUAUUUUGCCCCCUAUAUUAUGACUGACCGUGGUCACGCGUGAAAUCUUGUUUUCACAGGUUCAAGGUGCAGGCAACAUGGCCGCCGUUUGCGUAAAACAAGAAGAACUUUUAAACGCGUUUUCACUUCGUGUGAUAAACGUGCUGACUGGGCAAGCCGAUAACAGUAUUCUUUUGUCAAAAUUUACUACUGCUUAUGAACAACUUUACGGUCAGAAGCUUUGUGUUCAGAACUUUGGCUGUGCCUCCCUGGAUGAUUUGCUGUCUGUAGUGUCUCCUGUUGCAAAGGUUGGCAAAAUAUUUAAUCGAAAUCUCUAUUAACCUGCGUCUGGUUGUAUUUCCCAUGUCCUCUACGUGUUUGGUUUUACGGUUUCAUUUUUGUUCAUGUUUGGCUCAUACUGCUAGACCUUGCACAAUCACUUCGUUACUGAACUCACUCUCUAAGACCACUUACCCCAAGUCAAAACUGGCCGGACAGUUCGAUAAUUUUGAAAAUUAAUUGGCUUUCUUCGAGGUUCCGCAGAAAAAAUCCUCACUGUCGUGCACUCCAUUUUAGAGUACAUAGAUCUUUCUAUAGAGAGUUUAACGGAUUAAUAGUUAAAUUCUCCUAACGACUAGACAGGUCUGGGCGGCCUGUUCUGACUAAUGGUAGGCGCUUUUAAGACACAUAGGGCCGGUUAUUUAAACGAAGUCUAACUUAGGCCGCGGUUCAAGAAAUCUUUAGACCUACAGAUUUCUUUCUUAGUGUUAGAACUACCUUGUAAACGAAGCAAACGUUAGAAACUGUUCAAUUAAAACUGCAUUUAAAGCGAAAAGUCUUGUGCCGGCACAAAGAAAAACAGCACUACCAAUAAGUAUUGAUUCAUGGAAAGAAACAAUGUGUGGCUAAUCUGUUUAUACUUUUCGUCUGUUAACAGGUUUACAGUAAAGACAGCAAACUUCGCUUAACGCCGUUACAGACUUUUGCAAUUGAGACAAGAGAUCUCCUGAGACAUCUUGGUGGAUGUGUCUCAUUAAACCGGUUUGCCCCCAACUUUCAGCAGUUGUACGGUCGUCCUUGCAAGGCUGCGGAUUAUGGCUUUAAUCGUAUAUCAGAGGUUAUCGAUGCCAUGUCAAACGUGGCUGAGAUACGCGGGAAAGGCUCCGAAAAAAUGGUUGUCCUGGUUGAUGGAGACAAUGUUUCUUUAUAUGGCGUGGAAGGUAAUGCUUUUCUUCAGUUAUAAGUCACAAAUGAAUUGAAGGUUGUAUCUGGGUGAGAUCUCUUUUCAGCACACUCAUGCAGACCGAUCAUGCUCACCUUCUUGGUACAAAUGUACCGCAGACCUUCAUCGAAUUGUAAGGACUUGUAGUACAGUUACGGAUAAGAAACUAAUGAGUGGAAUUACGCUUGACGGAUACAAUUUCCCGGGCAAACCUAACGCCAUUCAACCUUUUUUCUUAUCUCAGUAACUAAGAGUUUUCACCAUCAAUUUCUGCUUCUCCUGAGUAUUUUUCAAUAUAUAGCCCGCGUAGCCAACGGGAUCGUCAUUUUGCGCGAGCAAAGUUUUGGCAGAGGAGCUGCGAAGCCUAGCCUGUGUAGCAAGCGUUUCUGUGUGGUUUAGGAGCAAAGAAUGAGGAACAAGAGUCAAAGACCGCGCGAAAAAUGGCGCAAGUAAAAGAGCGGGGUGGGGAGGGCCGGGAUGGGUGGCUCUCGUUUCAUUUCUCGCGCGGUCAAAACGGAAAAUCCCGUUCCUCGGUCGUUUUUGCAAACGGAAACGCUAUGCAUGUUAUUUAAUGGCCUGCACAAAAACACUAUCCAUAUUGCGUUUUCCUGUUUUUAUCCAAAAGAAAGAUAAUUGUCAUAAAAUGAUUAUAGUGAAUGUAUGAAUUUUGCCACCAUGUGAACAGAAUUAAUGGUCCUCGUAUCGACGUUUUUAACUGAAGCAUCUGCAAGGAAACUAUCGCGACUAGUAGUAGAACCAUGUACACGCGGCUUUGUUGAGCCGCUAUUGAUUGAUUAAUUGAUUUACUUUACAUUUCCUUUUUUAGGAACAGAGAGACAGCAAAGCGGAGUAGAAGAGAGUACUCUGCCUAAGUCCCAGAAAUAUGAUACCAGAAACUCUGACACGGCGUCGCCCGCUGUUGUAGAAGAAGGUGGGUUUUUAAAAGGUUCUUCCUAGUGUCAACAUGUCUUCAGAGUUUUGCAAGAGUGCCUUGGUGUACAGCCAGGAGUUCCUUUUUCAAAACCUGCUUCGGGGAUAAAAAAAAAAAGCUCUCUAGAGAGAGCACAUGUUUACAGUUUAGUUUCUGUUAUGUCUGUUGUGCACUUGCGAUUUUAUCGGCUUGCUAUGUCAUAUAAGCAUGAAACGUAACCUGUUUUGUCAAAGAAACUAAAGCGUGAUUUCUUUCGUGGAAGAAAAAAUUUCCGACGCACAAGAUGACGCUUAUUUGUCUGACUCGUCAAGUUACGCUUCACCUUCAAGUCAUGUAGCACGUAGAUUACUAUAGCGUCGAAGAGAAUAUCAAGCGUGACUUCUUGCAUCAAGAAAACAGCAUUUUGUAUCCUGCCUUCAGAAUUAUUGCUUUUCUUUCUUACGGACUAAUGAAGGAAUUUUCAAUUCUUACUUCAGGAAAGAUUUCGUAUGAAUAUUCUUAGUGGGUUAUAAAAUUUAUUUAUCUAUCGUGAUAAUCUUAAUGUGCCACUGAAGGGAAACUGUUUUAAGGAAAAGAUAUGCUUAGUCUUUAGUUGGACACUAAAUGACUGCAUAGUGUUAUCGUUUCGGAAGCUGUAGACAACUGUGAACACCAAAAGUGAAGAUUUGUUCGGCCUCAUUAUAAAAAGAAACGUUCUCAGUGCAUUUUGUUUUUGCAGAUGAUGAAAUUGUGGUCACCAUCGACGACAAAGACGGAGAAGGUAGGGUGGGAUAAUUAUAUGAAUAUCUCACAACUUGUCCUGGCUUGUUCUUUUACUUAUGCCUGAGUUAUAAACCGCUUCAUGAGAGUAAUAUCAACUUUUAGUAUAAUAAUAUCAAUUAAACAGAAAAAAAUAAGUAAUAGAUAACUAAUUGCAAUGACGGUCUAUACCAUAAUGAGUGAGAGACGUAAUAUAUCUAAUUGCCGCAAAAACCUGUUCCCAAGCUGCGCGUAUCCACGAGUUGUGUGUAAAUGUUGAAACAUGGCGUUCAAUGUUCGUUAUAACGAGAGUUUCAACCUGUCGUUCGUAAUAGCGGAUGUCCGUGAUUAUGUCGUAAGGAAAGUUAGAACAGGAGUUUGUUUACCCGUACCCUGGGUUCCAGAGGAUUUUUUUUCUUAUCGAUAAUGAAGCCGCGUUUUCGCUCCAAAUCGAAGCCAGAGUGAAUCAGAGAAAAAUGAUACAGAAGAACAGUGUAUUAAUCAGGAAGAAACGGAUGAGGAUCGAAGGAAACCGAAAAAAUCACAAACUUUCCAGAAAACUUGGUUGCGAGAUCACACAUGGUUGCGCUACGAAAAGGAGGCAUACGUCUACCAGUAAUUAAGAAAGGAAUUGAAGUUUACAAGGGGAUGCCAAGACGAGACUCUGCUGUGAAAUGUUUUGAAGUAUAAAGCAUAGUCAUUGAUCCUCUGUUUAAAUAUGACGAGAAAUAAAAAGUCUUGACACCAAUAACUUAACUUUUCUUGUUUGUAUCACUUUUCUUGUAUUACAAGGAUCAGGUAAAAAAAAAAAUGUCUUUGUUGGCUUGCCUGUAUGAAUGUAAAAAAAGAUGUUGAAUAAAAAUUAAUUUGUCUGUCCCCCUAAAAAUGAAAAUGUCCCCCAAAAUUUUAGCCAAGGGGACAAAUUGUCCCCCAGUGAUCAAAUCCUAGCUCAAACCCUGGUGUCUUUUUGGAAUGACGAGGUGUCUUGUUUGUCCAGCCAAAUUUCUGGGCCGCAAUGGAAAUUACAGGGUGUUAUCCUAUAAUAUUAUGGUUAUUUAUUUAUUUUAUCUUCUUAUUUGAUUCAGAUUUGAUUGUUCUUGAUGGUGAACCUUCAUCCGGGACAUUUACUGACCAGACACUUUGCGAUGAUUGGUUGAUGGCGCCCGUGCCAGAAUCCCUUCCAGAACCUGACUUGCAGCCUGCCAUUCCCGAGCCUCCCCCUGUUGGGGAUCUCAUAUCCUUCACUGAGUUUGACAUGGACGUGCUGUUUGAAGCCAUAGAUAACAUGGGUCUGCCUAAUGAACUCAGUACUGGUCCAACAGGUGACUUGACAGAGCUUUUAGCAGAGUCUAACCAGCUCUCUGGUGAAUACAACGGCUCUAAAUCACCAUCCAAAAUCCCUUUACCUAAUCGAUGCCCUGCACUGGAAUCCGACUUGAAGGAUCUGGAGUUGCCCUAUUCACCUACUGGUUAUGGAUAUGAUGUUGCACCUGUGAGGCCAGCUCCUGUCAAACCUGGAGUAAUGCUGCACGCGGAAGUCGAAGCAGACAUCCUGGCCUACAGCCAUUCAGAACCUGUGUUGCCAAGGAAACUUGCAGCGACAUUCACAGGAGUAGCCGGUAACAAGCCACUUGCUCAAGGCAAGAGCUAUGAUGACGAGGAAAAGAAAGUAAGAGCUAAAAAGUCUACCGCUCCUAAAGUCAAGUUGGCAGCUAAUUUUAGCAAGACGCCAAGCAAGCAGAGUUUGUCGUGAGGAAAUGGUUUGUUCAUUUCCAGAAAGUUCAAAAUUGUUAUUACUUUUCCAUAGUUGUUCUACCUUGUUUUUUGUUUUUCUUGUCGUUUUUGUUUCUGAUCGGUG